AACAACCCCGUCGCGAUGAGCCAGCUGGGCACCGUCUACGCCACCAAGAGACGACGUCGGAAUGGAAAAAGCUUGAAGCCUCCUCAAAAGGACGGAGUGACGAAAUCGAACCCCAGCAAGAGGCAUCGAGAACGACUGAACGCCGAGCUGGACACCUUGGCUUCGUUGCUGCCCUUCGAGCAGAAUAUCCUCAGCAAGCUAGACCGCCUCAGCAUCCUCAGGCUCAGCGUCAGCUACCUUCGCACCAAGAGCUACUUCCAAGUGGUCAUGCAUAAGGACAAGGAGGAGAACUCGCACCACGACUCGCAUUACCGGGCUAGGGAGCUGGCCGCCCUUGCCGCCUACGACCACCACCACCUAGAUGGGGAAAUGUUCCUACAGGCGCUGAACGGAUUCUUGCUGAUACUCACAUGCGACGGCGAGGUGUUUUUCGCCACGCACAGCAUAGAGAGUUACCUGGGGUUCCAUCAGUCCGACAUCGUCCAUCAAAGCGUGUACGAGUUGGUGCACAGCGAAGACCGAGAGGAGCUACAGAGACAAUUGAUAUGGAACUCUUUCUUACCGACCGACAGUGCAAAUCUACCUUUACACGAUGCUCUAUUGCCACAACAUAAUCAUCUGUUGGAGCGAAGUUUCACUGUCCGUUUCCGCUGCCUGCUGGACAAUACCUCUGGCUUUUUGAGAUUGGACAUUCGAGGAAGGGUUAAAGUUCUCCAUGGCCAGAACCGUAAAACGGAGGAGCCGCCAUUGGCCUUGUUUGCACUCUGCACGCCAUUCGGGCCGCCGUCGUUGCUAGAAGUCCCGCAAAAGGAAGUCAUGUUCAAGAGCAAACAUAAGCUGGAUUUGUCCCUGGUAUCGAUGGACCAGCGAGGAAAGAUGCUCCUGGGUUAUUCGGAUGCGGAACUGGCCAAUCUUGGUGGUUACGACCUCGUACACUUCGACGAUCUGGCUUACGUAGCCAGUGCCCACCAAGAAUUACUAAAGACAGGAGCCUCGGGCAUGAUCGCUUACAGGUACCAAACAAAAGACGGAGGAUGGCAAUGGUUGCAAACAAGUUCGAGACUCGUUUACAAGAAUUCCAAGCCGGACUUUGUAAUCAGCACCCACCGACCUCUCAUGGAGGAAGAGGGAAGAGAUCUGCUGGGCAAACGCACGAUGGACUUCAAAGUGAGCUACCUGGAUGCCGGCUUGACCAACAGCUACUUCUCGGACAGCGAGAGUUUAACGGGGUCCACGAUGGCACCAACGCUACCGGCGCAACCAACUCCCCAAAGAGCAAACCGGCGAUACAAGACUCAGCUACGAGAUUUCCUGUCCACGUGCCGAACGAAGCGAACGAAACUGCCCAGCCAAUCGGUGGUGUCCCCUCCGGCGACACCAACGGUGGCCACGGUGGAUUACUUGGCCGCCGACACCAGCGCUGCCGCGGCGGUUGCGGCAGCCUACAGUAACCUAAACACCAUGUAUCCCACCCCGUACGCUCCGACAGCGGUGGCAGCGACAACGGAUCCUUCCCUGACCACUUACAUCGGUCAUACCGGGAACUAUCACCAAACCCUGUACCCAGCUUCAGCUCUGGACAACAGAUACCUCACCGCCACCGAGAACCUCUUCCAGUACCGACCUCUGGGGUCCUACUACCCCGAGUACCACACGACUACACCUUACAACGGCUUCAUCGACGUGUCGUUACCGACCUAUGAUACCCACCAGCUGGCCAACAAGGCAGAGGAGAAGCUCUACUGCCAACAACUGGCCGAGUCGCCCAAGUAUGGAUACGUGGACACCAGGCAUCCCGGAAGCGUUGGUUCCCCUUAUGCCCCCAGUCCCGUGGCCGCGGCUCCGCUUCACGCCGCUGACAUCAACGUAGUCCGGGCCGGUAGUAGGCACUCGUUGGAGGGUGCGUCCUCCAGCAACUCGGCAGGAAGUUCCCCGGUGACCGCCGCCAACGGCGUCCUUACCCCAAAGAUGGAAGACGUCAAGCCCGAAGUUUACGGUAACGAGGCCCCCAGGCAGACGGUGCUCAUGUGGGGUGCUCCUCCCUCCAGAACUCCUCCCAGGAACAACGGUAGUUACAGUCCGCCGACACCGCACUCUACGCAUUCCUCCCACUCGACCAAUACUCAAAGCGCUACCGGCGAUCCCUUGAAAUCCCUUGCCGAAAUGAACUCCAUCAACGGGGACUGCAAAUGGAAACAGACCUCGCCCACUGGCCAGACCACCCAGGUGCCUAGUCCGCCCAGGAGCAAGGCCCAGCAGCAGCAACAACACCAUCAGCAGUACCCUGCCACUACCGCCCACUACGGCGCGACCGGCGGGUAUCCUCAUCCUCAUCCUGGACAUGGCCAUAGUGAUUCGGGCUCCGAGCACAUCACCGUCAACACCGGGAACUGUGGGAUCAACACCGUCGGGGGUGGGAAUAGGCAUGGGCUUGGGCAUGGGCAUGCCCAUGGGAUCGGACAACAGCAGCAGCGUCUUGUACCAUCCUCCGCACCCCCACGUGGGGUCAUCGGGAACCCCAAUGGGGUCAGCUGCCCCACAGAUACCAAACCGGACGCCGGGAGUCCUUUGCUGUCCAUCUCUGAGGUGACCAAUACCUUGCUCAACCAAUAGUCCACCCAGCACUUCGACGUCGCUCCAUCUUGCUGGUGGAGGUGAAGAAGCAAUGGUUUCCAUGGCAAGCCGAUUAAGCACCGACCGUACGAUUGUACCAUACAGAUAACAACGGUUUAAUUGCUAUAAGGAUAUCUAUUCAGUACUGUAAUAUACUCACUAUGCCUUAUUCUAAUCAACACUACGACACACCAGUUACAUUAAUUUAUUGCUAUGAAUAGAAUAGUCGCGAGAGGAUCGCUAGUUAAAGAAUCCGCGGGUUAGAGUAUUUUUGACGUCGCUCGAGGAAACGUUCGCUAUCAAGGCGGAAUCAAUAUCGAUUGUAUCGAUAGCGAUACGAAAGUGGCUGUAAAAUGGAUGCAAGAUGACCUUGCCUUUUCGCCACGAUUAAUUAAACUUACGUACCAAGUAGAAAAGAAGCACAAAGCAGUUCUCGCGAACCCGAAGACUCUCGAACGAACAAACGCAACAUUCGGGUUCGUUGCUGUAAGGGAUUAAACGUAUCUUCUAAUGCAAUUAGACUUUUAAUCGUGCGACCCAUUCUGUAUCAUAUCAUUAACCGCUUAUAUCAUUUUUCGAAAGAGAAGAAAAAUACGUAUUCUGUGAUAUGUGUUAGGUAAUUUAAACACAAAAACCGUCAGAGACGUAACUUGGUUGUAAUAUUUAUUAGCGCGGGAGCAAUAAAGAGUCGUCGCGAAGUACGGACAAUGCACAAAAAAGAUGGCGAUCUGUGUAAUUUCGAUAUGCGGUUUUUAAUGCGAUUCCUUUUAGCUGAUUACGUCAAAGGGUUGGGUCAUUAUCUUCUGGUGCAAUGUGUUUCUCUGUCUGAUACUAAAUCAAUGGGAAAUAAGUUAAAAACUACCUAGGGGAAUUAUGUAUUUUCCCGCGGGUGACUAAUUUGUAUACCAGUGGUCUUAGAUUAAUUACGAUCUGGGCUACUUCACGUCCGGUGAUUGAGGAAGAAUUUUUACGACGGGAUUUUUUUUAUUUUUAAAUUUUCGAGGAAUCAAAGGUUCAAUGUUUUUCAAAAUUGAGCAUUCUAGCUAUGGAGUUUGUGGUAAUUAAGAAAGGUCCACUUAAUUCUUAGUCACCAUACAACUUGGGAUAACCUGUUUUACUGAAAAAUUACCGAAAACUAUUAAGUUUUAUAAGGACAGAAAUGUAGCAAAGUUUUAUCCCAAAUUCAUUUUGAAGCCAUGAAACUAUCGCGAAUACCCAAGUCGAAUUUAUCGAACUUAAUUGACCUUCUAAAUUGUAUCGUAUCGUUGUAUGUUCUGCAUUUACCCUGAGAGAAAAAAAUCACUUUCUAUAAAACAAAGAAAUUCUUAGGUCGUGUAGAUACUUUACUGAUUAGAACAAAAAAUCUAUUGUAGGGUCUUUCGAACAAAAUUAAGACAGAUUAUGAACAAAACUCAAUUUUCUCGAGCUGAACUUCAUCAAGUUCGUUUGGCUCGUUAUCGUUACAUUUUCUGCAUACAAACGAGUAUAUUCACUUCAAAGAGAGAAAGACUUUAAAGGAAUUAAUAAUAUUCUAAUAACAAACUGGAUUUUAAUGGAAUUACAGGUAUCUUUGAAUUUUUCUCUUAAACAUCGGAAAGUUAACGAUGAACUUCUUCUUGUGGUGACUACAAAAAACAUUUGCUUGCCAAUAAUCUUGUUUUACAUCAAAUGAAAAGUAGUUUGAAUUAAACACAGCACUUUAUCCAAAAAGUGGUACACCUUUCGGUAAUAUUUUCUAUAUUUGAGACCAAUCUUGUGCAUGAAAUCCUUGUUGCGAAACCAUGUUUACUCGAAAGUAACUUACGAUCAUGUGGGAUGCAACAUCGAUCGAAAAUCAAUUAUACUGGAGCAAAGAAAUUUCUUCGAUAAGAAACGUUUCGAUGGCCGCAAGUAAUUCAUUUCACCUAGAAAGUAAUUUUUUCGCUCAGUGUAAUUUGUCGACAGAAAUUUCUGUUUCAUUUAGUUCACCAAAAACGUAAUGCUCAUGUUUCUCAUUAGAGUCUCGAAGUCCUCUAAAAGUUUCAAUUAAAUUGAAGCUUGAGAAAAUAGAAUGAAGACCUGGAAUUCUUCAAAUUAUUAGGUAGCCCCCUAAGUUCGUGCCGUUUAAUUAUUUAACAUCUGAACAUAUUAUUUUAUUCAAAUAAGGAAUCGAGAAACUGUCGGAAUAUAUUAUUGAGUAAUAUUGUUAAAUUUUACUUCUUAAAAUAUUUUCAUUUUUUAAUUAAAGGCGACACGAACUUGCGGGAUAACCUAACACUAGUCAUCGGAGAAAGACGGAGUAAAACUAAUUAGGAAGUAUAUUAGACACGUGAGAUCGUUGCAUUAUUACAUUCGUAAAAAAACAUAAUCUUAAAUAUGUAAAACUUAAUAUUACAAUUUAUGUCAAUAAUGUAUAUAAAACUCUAUUCCUAGGGUCAGAAGUGAUAGGGAGGAUUUCAAAAAUGAAGCCAGACUCAAUAGAGUAUUUGAAAAUUGGGGUUUUUGAAAUUUUAUCGAGGCUCAGUUUAAUGCUCGUUUGGACCUCAACUCUAAAAAAAAAAACGAACUCUAAAUAAGCGUAUAAUUGAGGCUCAAAUGAGACUGAGUACCUUAACAUCUUCCCAUAUCAAAUUGUCGUAUUAUAUUCCAAAUCGUCAAAUUCAUGAGGCUCAUAUGAGGUACAAAUUUUCGACUCGGGUGGCACGAGAAUAAUACAAAACUAUAACUUAAUCAAAUCCCCAUUUAGUGAAAAUGAAUGAUGAUAUCUAAAUUAGUGAUUGCACCGCAGAUCUUGUUUCACGACAUCAUUCCGACAGAGAGACAUUCGCACACGUAUUUGUUAGAAUUAUCGAUAAAAAAAAAACCAUUCAUUAAAAACGCUGCUCCAUUUCGCUUCGAAAAUCGAAAUGUCCCUCUCGAUUUGUUCUACGUGAUUAUUCAGAAUUGUAUACUAAGCUUAAUUACACGGUUGUAGAUAUAAGAAUUAUGGCGAAACAAUUUUUGACUUGUCGCUAGCAACGUAUAGUAGCGUGCUAUUUCAAAUCCCAUUUUUGAGAUCGGUCGAACUUCGGUCUCAUGCUUUACAUUUCGAACUGGAUUAUGAUUUUUUACUAAGUAUUUUCGGCAAGCCUUUUUCGUGAGUAUUACAUAUGUAUAUCGAGAUUACGGUGUACGUCAUUCGUACUAUUGUUUAUAAGCAACCGUCCGACGAAUAAAUGAAUUUAAAAAAAAAAAGAACAGGAAAAUCUCGAAACUAUUGCGUAGAAAAUCGGAGAAAUUAGCCCCUUCAACUCACUAGUUCACCUAGGAUCCCGGUCUUGCCAGUAUUCUGUUAACGAGUUUGUAAUUUUUGUACUUAAUUAAUUUAUACGCCGUUUAUGUGUACAUGUAAUUGGCGAUUAGCGAAGCUAGACGAGCCAUCCGUAUAACCUGGGACGAGAAUCCUCACUUGCAAAGCCAAAGAGACACUUCGGGAUUUAAUUGUUGACGCUGUUCGCACCGAUGUCAUCUCAUUUCCGGAAUUGGAGUUGUUUCGCUCUCGAGAUAAACGUAUCUCUUAAUAAUUAUCGGUAUGUUAUGGGCAAAGUAAUAAAUAUGGACACUGUGAAUAAUUCCCGGGCAGUAGAAUUCCAGUAAACACGAAAUAGUGGAAUGCACGUUUUAUAUACAUAUCCAAACGUAGUGGAAAUAUAGCGUAGUUCCAAAAAAUAAAAGUUUAUAGAGUUUUUCUCGACAUUAAAUGUAUGUGUAUAUAAAACAUUGAUAUUGCGUGUUAGAUUUGUUUAUGCGUUUGUCCCUAGCCGAGAAAAAGCAUGUAUUUAACGUAAUAUUUUUACGUUCAUUGAAAUGAACGAUUAUGGACAAUUUUUUACGUUCGAGCUGUUACAUUUGUAUGACAUGUGCGAAUUUACUUAAUUCCACGUAUUCAGUAAACGCGUUGAAUUCGUCCUUACUUGUAAUUCAUUAAUAAACGUUAAAUAGACGCAAACCUCAACGUUGAAUUUAAUAUAGAAAGAGUGGACAUUGUAACGUACGAAACACGUUUUCUUGUGAUACUCUUUAUACGAAUAACAAUCAACAAUUUUACCAUGAUUCUAAAUAGGUAUUCCACUACUUCUUGUUUAUUGGGAUAAUUAAAAAUUCCUGGUUUAUCAUAUUGCCUAUAAUAGAUACGUUAAAUAGUACAAAAGGAGAAGAAACGGUUAGCGGCUAAUUAUAAGCGCCGAAUUUGCAUCGAGUUUCCAUUAAGUAUCCCAUCUCUUCUUCUUUUUCUUCGGAAUAUUUAUUUUUUCAACCAUGGAAUGGGAAAGAUCAACCAUUUAUACGUUCAUCCGAAAUUGAGAGACUCGGUCGAGACGCAUCGUCGAGUAAUUAUUUCAAAAUCUUAGGAAAAUUAUCUUCGUAAAGGUUGACUUUGCAACUGAGCACGACAUACUUGUGUUGUGUCUUGCUGGUGUAUCUUUCGAAUAAUUUUCGGUACCCUCGCAAUGUCGCAUUAGGAAAUUAAUAUUAAUGAUAAGUAAUCGAGUCUAGUCCACGUACGAUGCGAAUUAGCGGUACUUUGCUUGGACUGUGACGGGUUCUGUUUUCGUUGUCAAGAGAGCUCUGAGAACAAGAAAUUUGUUCCAACCUACAAACAAUAGUGCUCCAAUCAGAAACUACGACAAAAUGUCGGUUGUCCAAUUAACUUAGAAAAAUUCAGCACUUUUUAAACUAUAUUGAAAAAUGUACCUUCGAUCGAAAAUAAUUAACGACGUGUUAAGCACCGACUAUCAAAAAGUCCUUCGAGGAUGCCCAUCAAAUUUUUCUGAUAAAAACAAACAAUACAAACAUCGCAAAUGCGAUACUUUCAUCACGAUCAUUUUAAUGUUUAAAAGCAUAAAAAACGCUUCUUGUAAAGCUAGUUGCCAUAACAAUUUAUUCUCUCCAAACAUUGCACUGUUAAAAAUAUCUAUUCGUAAUAUAGUAUAUACAUAGUCGAAGUUUUUUCAAGAUACAAUAUCUCGAAAUUUCGUAUACAAUUCUGUUCGGAAUGUUAGUGAACAUGUAUACUAAAUUUCGAAAUCUUUUGUAUACUAAUAUUCGUUCAUGUACAAAUACACAAUGGUAUAUUUAUUAACAGGUGUACCUAUUUCUUUUCUCAUCUUACUGUUUUAUUCCAAAUGUUGAAUACCAUUGUCCUAACUCUCACGUAGAGAUAGUGCUCUUCGAAAUACAGUACACAUUUGUCCGGAUUUAAUUUGAGAGAAAACGUGAAUUGCUAACCCUACUUCUUAUUAACCAUUAUUUAUCAAUUUUCUUUUAGCUAAAAUUGUAUCAUUAAAGAAUUUGCGACAAUCGGCAUUCUUUUGAACCGGUGAUAAGGAUGUUUAAAUCGACGAGUUGAACAAAAUUGACUCAAAGUUUGGUCGAUGGCGCACAACGAGGAAGUUUUCACAGCCCAAGCAUACAUGUAUAUUCACUGUAUAUUUACCAUAAGAUAUUCGAUAAGGAGUACCUAAUUAAAGUUAUACGAUACCGUUUGUUUUUCAAAAUAAUCGACCUAGCUCAAAGCAUGUAUACCGUUUUCCGCCAAUUUCCGCUCGAAGCAACCAUAUCAUUAAAACAGACGGCCUUUUUGCGGAGUACCUCGGCCGAGACUAAUUAAACAAACUUUUCAAUCUUCCCUUCUUAUUUUUCAGUCCUAUUCGUUCGUUAAAAUUCUUUAAUCCGAAUUCUUCCGAAGCACCUAAAAUACUACUUUUUGUGUUUGGAACGUGUCAUAACUGUAACGGGAUGUUUAAGAGAUCCAUCAGGUGUAUUAGUGCACCUCCAAAGAAUUAAUAACCUCUUCAAGGCUAUGCUAUAUUUUCAAUAUCCAUUGAUUUUUAGUAAUCUAUUAACAUUAACGAAAAUUAUAACACAAUUCUGAACAGUGGAAUUAUUUGGCUCAUUUGGUAAGGUAUCUUUUCAUUAUGAGGAAGAUUGUUCCCAGAUAAUUUCAGUUUAUUGUUUUGAUACAUUUUUACUUUGUUGCGUUACUAAUGAUGGGUCCGUUGAACAUCCUCAAGAUCUUUUAUUCUAAGAUGUCCAUUGUUUGUGUGUUUUUACAACAGUGGUAUCGUUGCUACCAUUCCAACAUUUCCCAAUGGAAUACUAAAUAUUCCUUGAUGUAUUACAAGAAUACGUUUACUUGAUACCAUGCGUUAAUGUUGUACAUGGCACGAAGCUCGACCGAGUCCUUCGACGAUGAAUUAUCGAUAUAAUUGUAUCAUAUCAUGCCAAACCGAAUAUAUUACAUUUUGGUCGUUCGAUCCACAUAUCUCCAAGAUAUUCUAUUCUAUAGAAUCUACUUAUAAUUAAAUUUAUUGCUAAACUGUAUCAAAUGUUUAUAUAAAAUAAAUUAUAAUACUAUAGAAGGCAUAAUAACUAUGUAUUCAUGAU